CAAAGUUCAAAGUUGAAAUUGACGCUCCUUUUUCCGGGUUUCCACGAACUACCGGCGUUAUUCUGCGUUUUGCAUAAAUAUAAAACCUCCAUGAUGAUUUGUAGAAGUUGACAUGUGGAGACGUCGAUCUUAAUGUACGUGCUUUGCAGUGGUUACAUGCAGGGGUGUCUGGAUUCGAGUACCGAAACGUUAACAAGAUUCCAUCCAAAGGACGUCGAUGAUCCAUGAUGCUUUCAAGAACUUUGUACGGACUGGAGAAGAAGACAGACAUGCCGCUCUUUACAAGACCUGAUAACAUCCCAGGCCCUGCCCUGAGCCGUGUAGCGGGGGGUCGGAUAUCGGUGAUCAACAUUGUCGUGGUGGUGCUGUUCUUCGGCAUCUGUCUGACGGCCCUGAAUGUGUACGAGCUGCGCCGGCUGCAGAAUGACCACAUGAGCCUGCAUCGGGACUGGUCAGCCGCAGAGGGCAGGACGGACAGGGGAGUCAAGGACAGGCCAAUCGCUGUCAUUAGAGGGAAAAGGCUGGAGUCUGGCUACCUGAACCAUGUGUUUGCAGUAUUCAAGAGGAUCGGCUAUGAGCGGGGGUUACCAGAGUCCAACUGGGACGUCAUGUGGUCACACGACUACCCCUUCGCAGACCCCAAAGUCAGCCCCUAUCUCAGGAACAUGAAGCCUCAUCAGAAGGUUAACCAUUGGCCAGGGAGUGGAUACAUCACCAACAAGAUGAGCCUGGCCACCUCUGACAUCCACUUCAUCCCCAAGGCCUUCAGUCUGCCCCACAAGAAGCAAGAACUCUUGAAACAUGCUGAAUCAAACCCCAAGAAGAUGUGGGUGCAGAAGAACAACAAUCACCGAGGCAUCAAAAUUAGACCUCUGGAUCAACUGGACCUGACAGGAGAGAGUUUUGUACAGGAGUAUGUGGACAAGCCAUUCCUUGUUGAUGGCAGGAAGUUUGACAUUGGCAUCUAUACAGUUGUGACCUCCAUUGACCCCUUGAGGGUGUACAUGUAUGAAGAAGAGGUUCUCUUCAGGUACUGUCCCAAAGAUUAUCAUCCGUUUGAUCCAAAUGAUGUCGACAAGUAUGUUGUCGGCGAUGACUACACACCAACUUGGAAGAUGCCAUCCCUGAAGGAGGCCUAUAACAGGCUCCAGUAUAGUCACAAGGAGGCAUGGGACCACUAUGUCAGGUCUAUAGGGAAAGACCCUUCCACUGUUUGGAGAGAUGUGAAGGCAUCACUAAGGGAGGUUGUUCUGGCCAAGGAACCACAACUUGUGGACGCACUGCACAGCAAAUACCAGUCUGUCAGGAACUUCUUUGAGAUGGUUCGUUUUGACUUUGUUAUAGACGAGGAUCUGAACAUUUUCCUCAUGGAGGUGAACAUGUCCCCUAACCUGUCAUCAGCUCACACCCCUCCUAAUAAGGGCAUGUAUGAACAGAUAAUAUUCAACCUGCUCAGUCUGGUUGGAGUAGCCAGAUCCAUUCCAACAAGCCUUGAAGGAAGUCCAGAGGACCAGAAGGACAUGUUAGUGUGUGAGCGAGACAUCCAGGUUUACUCUGACGUCUGUGACUCUGAAACCUGCCGGUCCACAACAAGCUGUACAAACAGGGUCUGCAAGUUGUGUGGACAUUGUCUGACACCUGACUGGAGGGAACACCUGAAGGCUGCAUUCUUGGAACAUGUCGGUAGGAGGAACUUCAGGAGAGUCUGUCCAGUACCGAUGACUCAGGAGGAGGCAGGUGACACUGAAGUCACAAGUCAGUCCAGCCUGAGCGAGGCCAACUGGCUGAUGGACUACUGGUACAGGGGCAAGUGCCUGCAGGACCCGGCAUGGUGUACAUAGGCUGUUCAAUGUAGGUUUUCUUAGUGCCAUUCAACUGUGGGCCAAUCUUAUGAGCACUAUACAGUUGUACAGCUUAUUACAAAAAAUUCCAGAAAAUACCCUUUUUGUUCUCUUUUAUCUACAUUCCAUUUAAGUAUGCCAAGUUAUGUUGUGUGGUGUUUUUUUUAAUUUAUUUUUUGAUUGGGGAGAUAAGAUAUAACUACACAAAUAUUGGUAAUACAUAAUGUAGCAAAACAUUCCAUAAAUAUAUGCAACAUACAUUGUAGCAAAUGCAAUCAUCGACAAAGGUCAAAUGUUAUAAUUGUGGCAAAAAUCAUGUCGUACACUAUACUGUAAUUCAACAAGAGAUAAAAUUAAAUACAAGAUUUUAGCAAUAGAUUUUUGGAGUGAAUAAUAGUAACAAGAUUAUAUGUAAGGAAUAUCUUGCCAAACAUUGUACAAGAAGGAACAGUAACAGUGUUCUGAUCAUAGCCCAAAAGUUCAUCUAUGUACUGGGUAGAAGUCAUUAUGAAACAAGUCUGAACAGUGUACAUGCCAACAGAACAAGUGGACCUCCCAAAUUUUUGAGUGUUCAACUCAAAUCUUUGUCAAAGAAUGAGCAGAAACAAGGGGCUCCACAAACCUUCUACAAUUUAUGACCCACUGGGCUCACCAAGUCACAUGCAUAAUGAAAACAGUGGAUUUCUCAUUUCCUUGACAAAGACUAGAAAAAAUUUGGGUAUGUCCAGCUCUUGUGUUGGGAAUUACAGACUGCGUUCAAACUUGUUUCAUAAGUGUUCUGAUUGGAAUUAUAUCCUAUGAAAUGGAGUAAACAGGGUAAAGUGGCUGUUUCCCAGAAAAUGUCCACUGACUUGGUAAUAUGAAGGAGCUGACUUUUUCAUGUGGACUGUAAUAUAUAUAUAGAUAUGAGGGAUUAAAGAGGCCAUCUACAUCAGGGCAUUACAACCAUCCCUCAACAGAGAC